UAUGGGUAUUUAUACAAGGUGGACAAUUAUCCACCAGAAAUCCAAUAAAAAACGAAAUGUCGUGAAAGCGAAACUUCUAAAACGGAAAACAUGGUUAAUCAUCUGACUAUUAUUUGUCUGAUCGUUGUUCACAUCGCACCACUGGGUAAUUCACGAUUUGAUUCGCUGAAAGAAGAAAGAACACUUCUUCAGUCUAAGUUAUAAACUCACCUAUUUCACGUUCUGAAAGGAUGCUUCAUUCUGUAUAUUCGUAUCGGUGGAAUUUAUCCAGAGUUGCAACGACAAUUAAUAUGUUCAUUGUUGCGCUAUUUGUGACUCAAUUCAGUUUGUCCUGGGCACACAUUAGAUCUCCAGGAGUAUAUCAGCUAACACCCCCUAUCGACCACGCAGAAGGUCCCACUUGGGAUCCUCGCAGAGAGCUCCUCUUCUACGUGGACAUACAUUCGGGGACAAUCUUCAGCUACGAGCACUGUAGUGGAAAAACGCAUUCCCUAUCUUUAUACGGAGAUGUAACACCAAUCGUGCCAUCUAAAAGGGAGAACAUAUUUUUUGUGGGCUUGAAUAGAUCACUGGUCGCCCUAGAAUGGGAUGGUAAAAAUAAAGUUGGCAAACAGAAGAUCCUAUCUACAGUUUCACCCCAAUAUCCAACCAGCAGGUUCAACGACGGAAAGGCAGACAAGAAAGGAAGGCUAUGGUUUGGUACAAUGGGUUAUGAGAACUCCUCUGGCGUCCUUCCGGAUGAAGGGCUUCUCUACAAAUUCACCAAAGAAAGCUAUGACAAACCAACUCCCAUCAUAGCACCGGUGAACAUAAGUAACGGAAUGGCUUGGAACAAGAAAAAUGACAAAUUUUAUUACAUCGACACCCCUACUCAGAAAAUCGUUGAAUAUGAUUUCGACGUUGAAAAGGGAGAAAUCAGGAACAAACGAACGGUCUUCGACCUCAGGAACCAGUCCUUUGUUACAGGUUACCCCGAUGGCAUGACAAUUGAUGAAGACGACAAUUUAUGGGUGGCACUGUAUAAUGGGGGUGCUGUCAUAAAAAUUAACCCAAAAACUAGGAAACUAUUACAGGUUGUAGCUAUACCAGCCCUGGCUGUAACUUCGGUAGCAUGGGGUGGGCCAAAAUUAGAUAUACUAUACGUGACCACAUCAAGAUUUGCUUUGAAACCGGAAGAAAGGAAGCAGCAGCCUGCUGCUGGAGCAAUUUUUGCUAUUACUGAUUUGGGCACCAGGGGCUUACCUUCAUAUGAAGCUGAUAUAAUCGAUUCUAUCUAGAUUUCAUUUCAUAAUUCUAUUAUUGAAGCCAUACUCUAACGUUUGAGUCUGAUAAAAUUUUAGCCAAAUUUUGUUCAAUGCUAUUGUGUGCAGAUGGUGCCAGCCAGGCACAUGAAUUA